AAAGCUGGACCCUUACAGCUGUUUCAGGCUUCAGCUUUGAUCAUAACAUUAUGGGUUUGCUGAACGUAUAGCGCAGCGUGACAGGAGACUGGCAGCAUGUACACAAGUGAGCAGUGUGGCCAUCGCUGAAGAUUUCUGCCCCGGGUCCGAGGCUACUGGAAUACAAACCAUGUUUCGGGUCACCUUCAAUGUGGUGACAGAGAAAGUUACCUUCACCUUGGCAGCCUGCCCCUCUGUCACAUGGAAGGCAGUGCAGCCUGAGGAGCUCACCUCACCCGGCGAACGUGGAAGCAAGAGGAGCCAGGGUGCAGCAGAUGAAGGACAGGCAGCGAGGGCGGCUGCUGGAGACAGCAGCGUGGCUUUGAGCUGCCCCAGCCUCUGCCUCCAUGCGUACAGCAUCGAGGGCAUGACCACAUUUCAGAAUGGCGGCACCACCGUCACCUGUAUAGUGAUGGAUAAUAAGGAGCCCCCAAACCUGACAACCUCUGUCAGUCGUAAUGGGGGGUACAGCACCGGCACCGGUCUUGAAGAGGAAAUACAAGAUGAGAAACUCAGCCCUUCCAAAAUCAUGCGCUUUUUCUCCACCCCUCGGAAACGGGCGAAUUCCAGCUCCGACAGGCCUCGGUCUCUGAUUUUGAUGGGCAACUCUUCCACGUGGAAUGCUCUGUCUUCCAUCAGGAAAAUGGGGUCUUUCAAGAAGCUGAAAUCGUCCGUUCUCCAAGGGAUUCAAGCAAGGGAAUGCUCAGAUAUCCUAAACGAGAACAGUGUAGGCAAGAACAUUUCAAAUGGGGCAGUGGUGAGAGUUCAGACUAACAGGUACUCCUAUUCGGGACCUUUACAGGAUUUGCAGAGCACGGUUGAUGGUUUGGCUUCUGACUGCUCUGAUGCGGAGGAGAGCGAUGAGUCUUUCCUGAGGAACACUCACCGCUCACGCAGCAUCAGGCGGGCUUACGGUGCCGGCCGCAUAAACUUGCUGGACGCAGAGAAAGCCCAGAGCCAUCACAACGGCACGAGGCCAACGUCUCCCGUCCUCGCGGAGCCAAAGAUCUGUGAGAUUUUAGUGAAAGAUUCUGAAAAUAACAGGAUCGUUUAUCGAAGAAGCAAAAGUUCGGAUAAUUUAAACUUUCUGAAGAAAAGCUCGUUCAAACGGAAGUCCACCUCAAACCUUACCGACCUCAAGGCUGCAAAUGAAAAACAAAUGACAGCAAGGACUGCGAGUGCUACUUCUGCUGACUCGGACAAAACCAGCGGGAACCCCGAGAGGAGAUCCAAGCGGUGGAAGAGCCCCAUCAGGGCAAAGGAUUUUGACCGAGUUUUGAAGCUUGUCAGCAACGUUGCAGAUGUCGCGUGGAAGAAGGAUGGCUCUAAAAGCACAGCUCCUUCUCCCAGCGAGCAGUCCCAGAGAACGAGGUCGAACAGCAGACUGCACGAUGACUACUCCCGCAGGGUUUCCAGUAGCACUGAUCAUGACAGAAAGAGAUGCACCUCCUCGAUAUCUAGUCCAGACUCUUCCUCACCAGGAACACCUUGCCUGAAGAGCCCCGCAGCUGCUCAGGAUAAAGAGGCUGAAAUGAAUGUAGCUGGUGCUGAAGACAAAAACCUCAGGACAUCUUCAGGUUUCCCAGAAUCUGAUAGCUUGUCGCCGACUCUGAGUGACAUCGGGCCGUUUCCCAAUGAAGUGUUUGAUACGGACUCGGAUGAACCGAAAGCUGCCCAGCAGUUUACAUGGGAAGCUGAAAAUCCUCACGUUCCUGUCAGGCCAACUGCUCCAAAACCUCAGAGCCCCAGUGUGGAGAAGGUCAAGUGCAAUAUGGAUUUCCAGUGCCCAGACCAUCACAGCACGCUGUCGCUGAGCUCAAUGGAAAGCGAGGAGAGGGGCGAGGUUGCCGGGCUGAAGCUGGGCAGGAAUCCUGUCUGCUUCCAGGACGCCGUGCAAACCGUGUACUACGAUGAUGGAAACGAGGACAGUGGCAUAAGCAGCCACUCUCAGCUGAGCCUCAAUUUAGCCCCUGGUGCAGAAGAAAAAAAGGAAGAGGUUGUUUCUGAUGACCACUGGAAGAAGUCCUCAUCCCAGGAUGAAGAAAAGACAGACACACAGAAGGUCACACCCAGGAGAUGGAGCUCUGGAAAAAGGUCUCGGCCCAGACCUCUCUCAGACUAUGGCCAAAUGUCAAUCAGAAGUAUCUCUAUACCUGAAGAUGCAGUUGCUGUGGAGUCACAGAAGACAGACUGCACAGAUGGAGAAAAUCAGCCACGACUGGCUUCUGUUGGGUCUGCGAUCCAAAGCAAUACAGUAGGCUACAACAGAGGGCGAAAAAGAAGACCCAUCUCUGUAAUAGGUGGGGUCAAUUUCUAUGGAAGCGGUCCAGCAGAAGAAAUCGAAGGUCUGCUGACACAACCUGCCACACGGCCGCCGGUUCCUGCACACCAGGUGCCCCCCUACAAAGCCGUCUCUGCCAGGUUCCGCCCACUCACCUUCUCACAGAGCACCCCCAUCGGCCUGGACCGUGUUGGGCGACGGCGGCAGAUGAGAACAUCUAAUGCUGCUGCAGAUGGUGGGACUGAAUCCUCAGCGUUGGUGGAUGACAAUGGCAGCGAGGAAGAUUACAGUUACGAGGAACUCUGCCAAGCCACGCCGAGGUACCUACAGCCUGGAGGGGAACAGCUAGCCAUUAAUGAGCUGAUAAGCGAUGGCAGCAUUGUCCAUGCAGAAGCUCUCUGGGACCAUGUGACUAUGGAUGAUCAAGAGCUGGGUUUCAAAGCUGGAGAUGUCAUUAGAGUCCUAGAAGCUUCCAACAAAGACUGGUGGUGGGGAAGAAUUGAGGACAAGGAAGCCUGGUUUCCAGCUAGCUUUGUCAGGCUGCGAGUUAAUCAGGAAGAACUGCCAGAAAAUUGUAGUAGUAUCCAGGAUGAAGAACAAGAUGCAGAUAUCAGCAAACAUCGUCAGAAAAUAGCUGAAAACAAGGAUCAGAUGAGAACCAACGUUAUACAGGAAAUUAUGAACACAGAACGAGUCUAUAUCAAGCAUCUCAAGGACAUCUGUGAGGGUUAUAUUCGGCAGUGUCGCAAACAUACAGGAAUGUUCACCACAGCCCAGUUAAGCACCAUUUUUGGAAAUAUUGAGGAUAUUUACAAAUUCCAAAGAAAGUUUCUGAAGGAUCUUGAGAAACAGUACAACAAAGAGGAACCUCAUCUGAGUGAGAUAGGAUCAUGCUUUCUUCAACAUCAAGAAGGCUUUGCUAUUUAUUCAGAAUAUUGUAACAAUCAUCCCAGUGCCUGCAUUGAACUUUCCAAGCUAAUGAAACAGGGCAAAUACCGUCACUUCUUUGAGGCCUGUCGUUUGCUCCAGCAGAUGAUUGACAUUGCCAUUGAUGGUUUUCUUCUCACGCCUGUUCAGAAAAUCUGCAAAUACCCUCUGCAGCUUGCAGAAUUGCUCAAAUAUACCACUCAGGAGCACAGUGAUUAUAACGACAUAAAAGCUGCAUAUGAGGCUAUGAAGAACGUAGCAUGCCUGAUCAAUGAGCGAAAACGAAGACUGGAAAGCAUAGACAAGAUAGCGCGUUGGCAAGUGUCUAUAGUAGACUGGGAGGGCCCAGAUGUGUUAGCCAGAAGCUCGGAACUCAUCCACUCAGGAGAACUGACCAAAAUAUCAAAGCAAGGCAAAAGCCAGCAGAGGACUUUCUUCCUUUUUGACCAUCAACUUGUGUUCUGUAAGAAGGACCUAUUGAGGAGGGACAUCUUGUAUUAUAAGGAUCGUAUUGACAUGGAUGAGAUGGAACUUGUAGACACUGAAGAUGGCAGAGACAAAGACUUUAACAUUAAUGUCAAGAAUGCCUUUAAGAUAAUAAACAGAGCAACAGAAGAGAUUCAUUUGUUCUGUGCAAAAAAGCAAGAGGAUAAGAAGAGAUGGAUGGAGGCAUGCGGAAGUGAAAGGAGAAGAGUUCAAGAAGAUAAGGAAAUGGGAAUGGAAAUCUCAGAAAACCAGAAGAAACAAGCCAUGCAGAAUGCCCGUAAGUCAAGGCAUGGAAAAAUGAAAGGUGUAAGCUAUAACGGGUGUCCUAUGCCUCCUCCACACCAAAGCUUGCAUCCCAUCCAUCAGCGCCACAUCACCGUGCCUACCAGCAUCCCACAGCAGCAGGUCUUUGCCCUGGCAGAACCCAAGCGGAAGCCGUCCCUCUUCUGGAACACCUUCAACAAACUCACCCCAUUCAAAAAGUGAGAGGGCAGGGCCUGGGAAGGACACUAGCACAGGGGGACUUAUUCCAAGGAAGGACCUUGGAGACACAGAUAAGCUUAUUUGAGCUCAGUGAAUCUCCAGUUUUGGAGGAAAAACCUUAGGCUCCCUUGAGCCAGAAGUACCACCUUUGUCUAGAAGAAUGAAGAUCCUCAGCGCUGCUCUGAAGUAAAUGUUGCCAAGUGUCAGCAUUGCUGAUGAAGAGUGGUUCCCCUUCUGACAAAGACAACUUGCUGUUACUCUGAAGCAGCAGUAUUGGAUCUGUUUCUUAGUUAGGCUGAAAUAAUGAUGGAAUCAUGCAGGUCAUUGUAACAUUUCGUUUUUCUUAAUCUUAUACUGAUGGCCAAAUUUAGGAUAGGGAGGAGUUUUUCUUUAAGGGUAUGUCAGCAAGGAAUCUUGGGAGAGUUUUCUCCUUUUGGAGAACUGGGCAGGGGCCACUCAUUAAAAUCGAGUGGACAGAUCCCAUAUGAUUAACACACUGAUGCAGAAUUUGGUGCACCCUAACCCUUCCUGUCUUUUUCUAUUAAAUUGCCAAAUGGCAGGAGAACGUCCCGCAAGGCCUUAUCAUAUUCCAGAUUGGAACGGGGAAAUUUUAUUCUGUCAUGUAGAAACAUGGACAGAGUGCAAAAGGGACUACAACGAUGUGUGCGUUUCUUGCAUACAAGUGGAAACAAGAGGAGCCAAGGGCAUCUCUGAUUUCUUUCAGUCAGAGCAAUGUACUGCUUGCAUGUAUGCUCUUCAGUAUAGAGCUUUUAUAUCCCUCUUUGCUCACCUCUUAGACUGGGAGACGCUUCUUUAUAUUUCCAAUAUGCUUAUUUCUCUGUGAAAAAAAGUAUUUUUUGUUUAUUUUUUUUGUAUUGGAGAUAAUGUGAAUGUACAAAGUCGGAGUUGAGACAGUAUGAUCUGACCGCUGACUGCUGUCUGUGUUGCAUAGUUUUCACGCUUUGUACUCUUUAUUCAUAUAGCUUCACUUAGAAAAUGGAUGAAUGGUAAUGUAAAUAUCUCCAUUAAGUUCUUGAAGCAGUCUGGAUCCAUGACUCUUCUACACGGGCAAUCAACAGUGGGUUGUGACCAAUUAUUUCUUCACUAAGAGAGAAGUUCUUACUGGGAGGGACAAAAAACUGUGUGGACCUGAGAUGGAUUUUUGUGUCAGAAUCAUCAGUCUGUGUUGGAAGGGGAAGGACCUGACUUGAGCAAGGUCAGCUCUGGUCAGCGUCUGCUGAUCUACAUCGAAAUAAUUGGCCCAUGACAUGAAGUUGAUUUGGUAGACUAACUUUUGAAAUGCCACCAAGAAGAAAACAGGAUCUUGAUAUUUUCAGCACUGAUCAUUUCUGCUUGAUAACUCACUAAGGAUGACAAGACUGCUGGUAAUAUGGAAGGAAAGAAAAACUCCAUAUGUUUCAGAACUGAUUUGUUAUGAAUGUCUUUCAGAUAUCCUAUGCUGCUGAUUAGGGGCAUUAUUAGAUGAUAAGGAUAGAUCCAAGAGUAUUCUCUUGACAAGGGACACAAUCAGCUUUGUCAUGAAUCUGUAAUAUAUGAAGAACAAACAAUGGGCUAGAGGCCAGGCAUCUUAAAAACAAUGUAAAAAAAAGCCUUAUUUUAAACAUGUAUUUGUUCCUGCUACUAUUGUUACCUCUUUAUUUUUAUUUAUCGUCAGUGUUGUGAAGCCCACUAGUCUGAUGAUCUUGUGAUUUGAUAACUUUGUGGCAACUUCUGCAAAGCCCAGGUUUGUAGUUUUGAUUUUGAAUGACAUCUUUGACAACUGUACAUUUCAAAUGCCUUGUGUAUAUAGCUCAGCAAUAAUGCAAAGUCUGGUGAUGCUCAGCCAAAUCGUUCACUGCGUAGUGAACUUCGUUGCUUGCGCUUUUCCAUAGCAAUGGAAGAUGACCUGAAACAGCUAAAAACUGGAAAUAUGCACUGACAUUUUCAAUGACUCAGCUUAAAGAAACUGCACAGGAAAGUUAGUGAAAAAGAGCUGUCUGGGUUCUGUUUUCCUUUUCAUGUUUAAAACAAGCCAUCUCCUUUCAGACUUUUUUUUUAAAAAGCAAAUUCUGAAUACUCAAUUUAAACAGAAGAAACAGACUUCCAAAUGCAGGCGUGGAUCCAUGCUCUUCCACUUAAAUGAGCAACCCUUUUGUGUUUCUUAUAUACCCAUUUUUCUGGGUACUUGCCAUAUUCAGGCCUGCAAACCAAAGUGGUGCACGUACCAUGGAAGUGGAGACUUCCUUUUUUUUUUUCAUAAUCCCAUUUUGAAAGAUUUUUUUUAGAUUUUUAAAAAAGUUGGAUUGCAGUGCACACCCAGAAGCUUGCCCAGCUUGACCUGAAGACGUUAUGAGAUCCACACAUACUUACAUAUUUGUCUUUGAAAAAAAGAUUUUAAGAUGUAUCUUCUGACAUGUCAGUGCCCAUAAAGGCGCUUCCCAUGUAGUGCUGGUGCCUUAGCCCUAAAAAUGAACAGAAAUGUUUGCCUUUGGUUUUGGAUGCAGCAGUUUUUUUUCUCAAAGAGAACUUAAUUUCAGAGAGAGAAAAAGCAAAUGUUUCAUGUUGCAGAUUACUCAGGACAGUUUUAUAUAUAGUGCCCUACAUACAGAUGUGGUUGUUUUGUAAUAUUCUCUGUGUCUUUCUUUGCAAUCUGGUCUUCGACAGAUCGAGGAUGCCAACACAGUAUGCAUUUUAUUGGGCUAUAUGUCUAUUGGUCAAGGAAUGUGCUGGCUAUGCAGCAAGACUGAUAAAGUUAUGAUAAGAAUAGUCAAAUUUAGACUACACCAUAAUCUUUUAAUCAAGUUAUAAUUAAAGGAAAACAGACAAAUUAUCCAACAAUUAAGGCAAAUAUUUACUUGGGGGUCGGCCUGACUUCAGAGUCUCUGGGGAAAAGGGUUGCAAAUAAAAUUUUAAAGUUUGUAUUCUAGCACCUCUUCCCUUGAGCAGAACCUGACAGUCCUGAUCUUCCUGAUGACAAAACUUUUCAAAAGGUGUCUUUUCCUCUCACUUUUGCAUGCUUUAAGUUGCUGUAAAAUAUUCUAGGGCAACUACUAAGCAUAUUUGUGCCUCGUUUAGCUAAAGCACAGCCAGAGCCUUCCUGAUGGCCUGCUGAGCAGAAAACCUCAGACUUUUUGCAUGAGAUGCAGUAAAAUAUAAUUGUCCUCAAAUGUGUUCCCACUGAGUUAGGAGAAUGCCAAACCAUAAUUGCAUCUAACUCAGAGCAUUUGAUGUAUAAAAUAAUAAGAUUGUUUUACAAGUGGCUCUUGCCAUGCUAAAUUUCAUGUUGAGUUUUAGUGGUCAGUGUAAUAAAGGAGUUCAAAGACAGACUACUCAAAUGUUCCACAUUUUAGUUGUCUUUUGAAAAUAAUUAUAGCAGAGUUUUGGAGCCAAAGGUCUUUAGCCAUAACUAACACAGUAUCUUUCUUUGACUGCCUUUCUGCUUUUUUUUUCUAUAUGUGGCAUUUGUUUGUAGGAGAUGCUUUCUGAAUGAUCUCUAAUUUAAAACGAUUGGUUGUAAAUACUAGGGAUGACUUGCAUAUGUAUUUUAUUUUGACAAGUGUUUUGUAACGUUUUAUCUUACAUCCAUUGCUUUGUGCAUCUUACCAUCUGUGUGCUGUUACACGUUGUAAAUCAAGUGUCCUGGCUACAGAGCAGAUGAAUUGGCUGUUGACGGCUGAAACACUAUGUAUAGGACUGCAGUAACUUGAUGUGUAUUUGUUCUGAAGUAAUUGCAUUACAAGAUUUAUUUACUCUUGGAACAUUGUCAAAUGAAUCUAUUUUCUGGAAAUAAGUACAAACUUACAUUCCCAUUAUUUUUCUCUUAUUGUACAUGUUUUAAUUAAAUAAUGUACAGCUGAAGUUCCUCAGCUGUGUCUUAUAAAACUUUAUUGUACAGUU